AUGAUUCCUCUUGGCUGGUCGAUCGGUGACCUCCUAAGUGCAAUAGGGGUACUGAAAAGCGUCAUUGAAGCCCUGGAUGAGAGCGCAGGUGCUAAAGCCGACUACCAAGAGCUGAUGAAGGAAAUCUAUGGCCUUGAGAGAGUUCUUAUCACCAUCAAGGAGUUGGGGCUGGAUGAUAGUCCAUUGCACCCCGAACAUGGUGUGCUCAGGCAAGCGAUCGACGAAUGUCAGUCAUGUAUCGAUAAAUUCUUGAAGCCGCUCGAGACAUACCGGUCACUCUCAUCUGGUGGAUCAUCUAGUCUUAAAGACCAAUUUCGAAAAGUGAAAUGGGCGCUGGGCCACGAAAAUGAUGUCCGCAAGUUCAGAGAAGCGUUCGGCAAAAGGAUCGCGUCUCUCAAUUUGCUCAUUGGGACAAUCAAUCUCUCUCAAUUUAUAUCAUCGAACCGCAAGGCCGAGGAAAAGGUUGAACAACAGGCCAUAUUGGCGACGGAUUUACAGAUCCGCAUGUCAGCUAACGAUGUCGAACAAACCGACCUGCUCCAGAGAAUCGAAGGUCUUCUUCAACCCUUCAAGUUGAUAGGCGCUCCACUAGCUCCAGUGUUUGUACAACGUCCUAGUAUCAUGGAUGCGAUGGAGCAGAGAUUGCUACCCGUCUCGAAAGACCAGCAGACCAUCCUAGUACUAUCAGGUAUGGGAGGAAUGGGUAAGUCUCAGAUGGCAAGAGAAUACGCGAAGAAACACCAGAAUGAAUAUACUGCCAUCUUCUGGGUCAAUGCCAAGUCUGAAAGUUCUUUGAAAAGCGACUUUGCGGGAAUAGCGCGCCGUCUCGGCUUGGAAGAGGAAGACACUGGACUACUCAGAACAGCUGAUCAAAGCAUUGCCACAGCUAUCUCAGUGGCUCGGAAAUGGUUCGACGAAGACCACAAUACUAAUUGGUUGGUGGUAUUCGACAGCAUGGACAGCCAAACGCCCUCAGACGCCAACGAUGAAGACACGGGACAGACGACUCAAAAUGAAGACAUAUUUGACUUAGCCAUCUGGCGCAGAAGCUCUCGUGAGGAGAUUGUGAGGAGAUUGGGAUGCUACCCUUUGGCGCUCAGUCAAGCCGGACGAUACAUACAAGAGACACAGAUAAGCUUUACGAAGUAUCUCGAGCUAUAUGACACUAGAUUUAAGCGGUAUUUCAACCAGAAGCUCAGCCAUAAAGAGUAUCAUCAUGGAUCCGUCAAUACGGCCCUCGGGCUGUCUUACGAAGCUUUGAAAGCAAAAGAUACUGUUGCAGCAGCACUUUUGAGCUUCUGCGGAUGCCUAGAUAACUCUGAGAUCUCGUGGGGAUUUUUCCAUGUGGCAUUCAAUCCCAAUAGCGCUCUUUCGGUCACACGUGUCGCGAAAUGCGAAUGGAUCCCAGAGCUAUCUUCCGAUUGGUUCGCAAACUUAUGUUCUGACCAGGAGAGAUACGACGAUGCAAUCGACUCAUUGAUAUCGUUGUCCUUUGUUCGACGGGAUGCUGAGUCAAACAGCGUAUCGAUUCAUCCGGUAGUUCAUCAGUGGACUCUUUCACUAUAUCCAAUCGAGACACGAAAGCACUUCUUAGAGAUGGCUGCAAAUCUGAUUAUUUGUGACUUCGUUGACGAGGGCCUUCUGGAUGCGGAGGUCUUCAAGAGGAUGAAAAACUAUGCUCUGACAAGCAAGUCUCGGAUUCACGCAGAGCGAUGUGUCUUCCUACUAGGCUGCGACCCCAGUCGAGCUGGCUGGGAUGUAUUUACAUUGAUACGCCUUGGAGCCUACCUCACCGAUCAACAGCAAUUCGACAAGGCGCAGUCUCUACUAGAAGCUGGGCGUCGCCGACUAGAUGAGCUACCAUGCUCAGAAACGGAAGUCGAGAUAUUGAAAGCAGUCAAUCUCCGCAUAGUGCUGUCACAGCGCUAUCGUGAUUUUGCCAAUGCGCAUCGUUGCUUGGAGCCUGCGGAGCAGCAGCUCAGGAGUCUCCAGUCUGCUAAAGCCGCUUUGAAAAGUUGUACUACACCUCGCACCCCCCAAUGGACUUUCUACGACCUAUGUGUCGUAAGUGCAAUUGUUGAAAUCUAUGCGCGUGAGCAGAAAGUCAUUGAAGCUACCGAGUUGUUGGAUCAAGCGGUAGGAGAACAUAGUGCGCCUGGGUUUGGGGCAGCUUCAAUGCUGAACAUAAUGUACUUGAAGUCUCGUUUUCUUUUCCAUACAAGAGAUUAUCGAGGCUCGGUUCAGACCGGUGAAGAGGUCAUCGAGGGGAUCAAUUCAUUGCUUCACAGUGAAACACUGGUAGAAGAUUCAUUUUUCCAUAACGAGAAAUCACUAAACAGCCUUCGUGCACAUGCACACUUUCUGGUAGGGGAAGCACACGACGUUGCCGGCAACCAGGAAGAGUCAGAGGUGCAUCUGUCACGAGCUCUAGUUGCCUUUGAGAAUUUAGAUUUUCACAGAGAGACUUUGUUGAACUGCGCAGACUCCUUCAACGAAAGUCAGCGAACUAGAUUACCACAUUUGUGGGAUUCUGUCCUGCGAAGUCCACAUGUUCUACGACCGUCUACUCUGCGAAGACUCAACAUUGAUCCCGGAUCUCCCAUCAGAAAUGACGAGAGAGACGAAUGGAGCACUGCGCUCAAUGCGGUUCGCACGGUCGUAAGGUACAGACCCGGAACUUUGCGAUACACUCGUCUUUUGGAAGAAUUGGCAGAAAAGCAAGUCAAGCUUGUCAACGAAAAUCAUUGA